ACUGCCGGGAGGGCGGCGGGAAGAGGGCAAGACGGGAGCGGGGACAGGGAAGGACCCGGGAAGCCGCGCGGGAGGGCGCGCGCGCGCGCGCCCCUUUUUCAGCAGUGUGGCGGGGUCGCACGCACGCCCGCCUCGGCGGCUGGGCGCGGUUUGCGACAGUGGGGGGAGCGGCGGCGGUGGCGGCGGCGGCAGCUUUGCGGCAAGCUCUGGCCGGGCUUGCUUGACGGCGGUGUGGCGGAGGCCCCGCCCCCGGCGGCAGGAACCUGGAGGGAGGCGGAGGAAUAUGUCCGAGAGGGAAGUGUCGACAGUGCCGGCGGGAACAGACAUGCCUGCGGCCAAGAAGCAGAAGCUGAGCAGCGACGAGAAUAGCAACCCGGACCUCUCUGGAGACGAGAAUGAUGAUGCUGUCAGUAUAGAAAGCGGUACCAACACAGAACGCCCUGAUACACCUACAAAUACGCCAAACGCACCUGGAAGGAAGAGUUGGGGGAAGGGAAAAUGGAAAUCAAAGAAAUGCAAAUAUUCUUUCAAAUGUGUAAAUAGUCUCAAGGAAGAUCAUAAUCAACCAUUGUUUGGAGUUCAGUUUAACUGGCACAGUAAAGAAGGAGAUCCGUUAGUGUUUGCAACUGUAGGAAGCAACAGAGUCACCUUAUAUGAGUGUCACUCACAAGGAGAGAUCCGGCUGCUGCAGUCUUACGUGGACGCUGAUGCUGAUGAAAACUUUUACACUUGUGCGUGGACAUAUGAUAGCAAUACAAGCCAUCCUUUGCUGGCCGUCGCUGGAUCUAGAGGCAUAAUUAGGAUAAUUAAUCCCAUAACAAUGCAGUGCAUAAAGCACUAUGUUGGCCAUGGAAAUGCUAUCAAUGAGCUGAAAUUCCACCCAAGAGAUCCAAAUCUUCUCCUGUCAGUAAGUAAAGAUCAUGCUUUACGAUUAUGGAAUAUCCAAACGGACACUCUGGUGGCAAUAUUUGGAGGUGUAGAAGGGCACAGAGAUGAAGUUCUAAGUGCUGAUUAUGAUCUUUUGGGUGAAAAAAUAAUGUCUUGUGGUAUGGAUCACUCUCUUAAACUUUGGAGGAUCAAUUCAAAGAGAAUGAUGAAUGCGAUUAAGGAAUCUUAUGAUUAUAACCCAAAUAAAACUAACAGGCCAUUUAUUUCUCAGAAAAUUCAUUUUCCUGACUUUUCUACCAGAGACAUACAUAGAAAUUAUGUCGAUUGUGUGCGAUGGUUAGGUGAUUUGAUACUUUCCAAGAGUGGCCGUGCCAUUUUACAUUCCCACCAGCAAUGUAUGAAAGAUGCAGUGUCUUCGAAUCUUCGCCAGCAUUUGUCUUGUGAAAAUGCCAUUGUAUGCUGGAAACCUGGCAAAAUGGAAGAUGAUAUAGAUAAAAUUAAACCCAGUGAGUCUAAUGUGACUAUUCUUGGGCGAUUUGAUUACAGCCAGUGUGACAUUUGGUACAUGAGGUUUUCUAUGGAUUUCUGGCAAAAGAUGCUUGCAUUGGGCAAUCAGGUUGGCAAACUUUAUGUUUGGGAUUUAGAAGUAGAAGAUCCUCAUAAAGCCAAAUGCACAACGCUGACUCAUCACAAAUGCGGGGCUGCUAUUCGACAAACCAGUUUCAGCAGGGACAGCAGCAUUCUUAUAGCUGUUUGUGAUGAUGCCAGCAUUUGGCGCUGGGACCGACUGCGAUAAAGUGCUUUUCCCAAUCAAAAGUAACGUGUGUUUUCUGUGUACCGUAGAACAAAUGUAUCCUGCUAUAAGGGCACAUAGCGCAUUUAGAGUUGUCUUUCAGCAUUCAUCAGGCUGAGCUGAAUGUAGUGAUGUUUACAUUGUUCACACUCUUUGUACUGUCUCCUGCCCAGACUCUACUGCUUCUAAUAAAAAUUUAUUUUUGUAAA